AUGCGAUGCGUGAUCUUGCGUUAGUUUCAUGAACUGUAGUAUUUACUUGUUUCUAUUUUUCAAUUCUUAUCUUUUAGUAUUUUUUGAGAUUACGAUAAGAAGUUGUUGAUGAGCAAUAAGAACAAAUUUGUGCAUUUUUCGUAAAGCAUGUCUGUGGUGUUGUAAAUAAUACGUUUAUUAUUGGUGCUGCAACAAGAAGAAGAAGGAAUUCCCUCGGUUCUACUUUGAACAUAUCAGCAAUUUAUAUUAAAUAGUAAAACCUUUUGUAGAGGAUGAUCUGAAUAGACUGACUAUUAAUAUGAAGAAACAGUUCUUUCGUGUAAAGCAGUUGGCUGACCAAACCUUUCUCAAGGCUGAAAAAAGUGAAAUCUUCAACCAUGAAGAACUUCAAAAUGCCGAUCAGAAAGUGGAAUACAUGCGAGGGGCUCUUAGUGCUAUCACAAAGAAAAUCGCCCCCAAUGGACUCGCAGAUAUCGACAAAUUAUCGAAAAAGACCUUGGAAUAUCAGCUAGGCACUGUUUUCCUCGAAGAAGCCAGACAAUUCCGCGAAUGCCCUUUGCUGCAGAUGAUCCUGAGCGAUUGCGGGAAAGCUGAACAACAGCUUGCUCGAGAAUAUGCCGAUCAUGAGAUGAAAGUCGAAGAUUUGGUAUACAAACCUUUGCAGAACGUCCUGGAGAACGAUUUUCCGAAUAUUCUUAAGCACAAACAUAACUUAAGGAAGUAUUGUUUAGAUAAGGAUUCUGCAAGUAAUCGAUACCAGGCUUCUGGUAAAGAAACGUUGCGAGAAGACAUGGAAGAGGCCGAUACCAAAGUCGAGCAGAGUCGUGACGCUUUGGCCGUUGAAAUGUUCAAUGUUUUAGCGAAAGAAAACGAAAUUUCGGAAUAUAUGUUACAAUUGUUGAAAGUGCAGAGAAGUUACCAUGAAAGUGCCCUUAAAAAUUUACAAGAACUGAUUCCCCAUUUGGAGAAAAGAAUAGGUGAUAGUCAUGUAAGAAGAGUAUUCGGCACGUCUCUAAAAGAACACCUUCGAAUUACCAACAAACGUAUCGCCUACCCCCUAGAAAUCUGCAUAUCGGCCCUCACGGAAUACGGCAUGUCCGAGGAAGGUCUGUUCCGUGUCGCCGCCAGCACAUCAAAAGUGAAAAGACUGAAAGCCGCCAUCGAUUCGGGAUGCUUCUCCGUUCUCAUCCCGGAGUACAGAGACGUUCAUAUCCUGUCGAGCUUGUUGAAGUUAUAUUUAAGAGAACUACCUGAACCAUUGUUAACCGAUCAUUUGCACAAAGAGUGGCUGGACGCCGUACAGGUGCCAGAAAUUCACCGUUUAGAAGUAGUAAAAGACAUCCUGGCGAAGCUACCGCAGGAAAAUCGAGACAAUCUAGCGUACCUCUUCCAGUUCUUUUCCAAAUUGGCCAAACAUCCCGAGAACAAAAUGACUGCAUCGAACCUGGCCAUAGUUCUCUCGCCGAAUUUGCUCGGUAACAAACAUGAAUUGGACGUGAACAUUGGGAAUUGCGUCACUGUUAACAUUCUAGUCGAACUGAUGAUAAAAGAGAGCGACCAUUUGUUCCCUGAUGAUGUCAGUAAAUAUGUGAGCGUGAUGGACAUUUUUCAGGAAGAUGAUACUUCCAGUAAUUUUAAGGCUAGCAAUUCAAAUUUGGAUUUUUAUAUGGAUAGUCCAAGGCCGAAUCAAAGAAAGAAGAAAUCUGCACCUGUACCUCCAAUCAACAACGCCAAGGUGGACAGCACGCCCAAAUUGGUGCCUUCAUCGCCAAAGAAUUUAGUAAAAACCGAAGAAAAUCAGGCAGUGCACAUUUCCCAGCCCCAAACGAAUGCUUCUCCUCCGAUUCAAAGUCCCAAACCAAAAUCGGAAGAAAUUCCUCAUCGGCCGUCAGUACAAACCAAGGAAGUGCCACCAACCAAAAUAAUAAUACACCCCAGUACCUUGCCCAGGCCGAGCGACUCACAUAAGAAACUGGCCAGUACGAGAGACGGGGUAAGUCAGACGAUACAGAAAUCGGAUAGGGGUACGAUGACUGAAGGCGUGGUGAACAAUAAACAAGCUAAUGUUGUUGAUCCGAAGUUUACUUCUAGCAUCUAUCAUAAGCCUGUUAGGGUGCAGAAAAUAGAAGUGGUUGGUAAUUAUACUUCCAGUAUUUACUAUAAGGUGAACCCAACUGUGAUACCCGAUAAUAAACCAGAUGACAUUGAAGAAGUUCAAAUUAGACGAAAAGACCUGAGUGUGAAACCAGAAAUCCCAGCUCGGCCUUCAUCCCUGAGAACGUCAGCCCAAUGUUCGGUCUACAACGUCGCCAACAAACAACAACCAGCCUUCAUCAAUAUACAGGGUAAACCAGAAAUCUACCAACCCGGUCACGACAACAAGAUAGCCGACAAGGAGCGCUUCUUGGGCCACAAACCUGAAAACAGGGACUCAAACCACAACAGUGAAAACGAAAGAACGAUCUCGGAAAAUUCUAGGAAUAGCCUAGAGAGCCAGGGCAGUUUAAUGGUGAAAUCAGUCGAUAGUUUAGGUGAAAAUUGUGAUACGAAAAACGCGAAUCAAAACGUGCAGAAAUCUAGUCAUCAUAGAGCUAGGUCAGACGGAGGGAUGAUCGAUUUGAACAAGGGGAUCGCAGUAGGCGCACAGGGUAGGAAUUUAAGCAAACCGACACAACCUCCACCUCCUCCGCCCGAUUUGAUAGGGUAGAGGAACAGUAAGAGGCGAAGAAAGUUUUAAGUUUUUGAUAUAACUCUCAUGCUUCCACGAUCAGCGAGUGACAUCUGAUGCAAUAAUUGUUUUUUAGGAUGUUAAGUUUGACAACCAAUUGUAUUCAACAUUUUCAGUUACUUUUUGCAACUACACACACCGGCAAAAUUAAAGGAACACUUUAGAAAUGGCGAAUGUUUGAUGUGUCGAAUUUCUUAAACCAGUUGUCCGAUUUGAGUGAUUUUUUUGGUAUGUUGUAGCCUGAUUAUUUUAGAAUAUCGGUUUAAUAAUAUUGUUGCUAGGCAGGUAAAUAUCAUUUUAUACCGGGUGUAACAAAAAUACUGUGUUUUUUCGUUAAAGUUCGGAACACCCUGUGGAAUAUUCUAGCCUAUAGAAAAUAUUGAAAUUAAAACUCUAUUUUAGCCUUAAGCUUUAUUAACAUUUUGUUUUUUGAUUCAUUUGCUUAUGAUGGAUAAUAAAAAAGUUAGGUACUUUAACAACUAGCCAUGUUCUUCAUCAAUACCGGGUGUUUCUAAAUAAGUGCGACAAACUUUAAGGGGUAAUUUUGCAUGAAAAUAUAAUGACAGUUUAUUUUAUAAAUAUAUUUCCGCAAAUGCUUCGUUUCCGAAAUACGGGACGUUGAAUUUUUUUUGCAAACUGACGAUUUAUUUAUUGCUCUAAAACCGGUUGAGAUAUACAAAUGAAAUUUGGUAGGUUUUAAGAGGUGGUUACUGCGCAUUUUUUGACAUACAAAAUAUAUAUCUAAAAAAUAUAUCUAAAAUAUUUAUACCCACAUACACGCCAAUGGCGAAUAUAAAAUUCUUAAUUGUAUGCCAAAAAAUGCGCAAUAACUACAUCUUAAAACUUACCAAAAUUCAUUUGCAUAUCUCAACCGGUUUUAGAGCAAUAAAUAAAUCGUCAGUUUGCAAGAAAAAAUUCAACAUCCCGUAUCUCGGAAACGAAGCAUUUGCGGACAUAUAUUUAUAAAAUAAACUAUCAUUAUUUUUUCAUGCAAAAUUACCCCAUAGAGUUUGUCGCACUUAUUGAGAUAUUGAUAAAGAACAUGGUUAGUUGUUAAAGUACCUAACUUUUUGAUUAUCCAAAAUGACAUUAACCUGUCUAGCAACAAUAUUAUUACACCGAUAUCUUUAAUUAAUAAGGCUACAAUAUAUUUAAAAAAAACACUGAAAUCGGACAAGUGGUUUAGGAGAUUCGAGACAUCAAACAAGCCCCAUUUUUAAGUCAUUCCUUUAAUUUUGCCGGUGUGUGUAUAAACAAAGACACAGAGAGGAUUUUUAGAUGAUAGAUUGGACGGUAAGUAAAUAGAGGCUAUCGUUAAGAUUUGAAGCGCAUUUUCUAUAACAUUUAAAGCAAUUAUUCGUACGAAUUUGAGGCACUGUCACAUGCCUUAAUAAAAUAGUGCAAUUGAUAGAUUCAUGGCAUACCUUGACUUGUGGAGGACAAGUUUUCAAACCGAAUGUUAUCUUCAUCUUCUUUGUGUGCCGUUGGCUAUCAUCGUAUACAAGGUGAUGAAAUGUUUCUCGGUCGGCAGCUAUAUGAAACAAUUUCUCGACCUUUCGACCUGUCCAUUGUCUAAUGUUACGCAGUCAGGACAGUUGUUUUCUUCCAACCCAGCGAUUUCCUUCGAUUCUGCCCUGAAUGAUCAACCGAAGUAAGCGAUAUUUAGGUCAUCUCAUUACAUGACCGAAGUAUUGAACCUUUUUCAUUUUUAUGACAUAUUACACAAUCAAUGUAAUAUUCUCACUCCACUUACCGCAAGACAUCAGCGAAAAUAAAA